AUGGAGCCUCAAGAGGAUCAAAAGCCCAUAACCCCAGAGCCAUCAUUUGCUGUCGCACACCAAAAGGUUGAGCUCGACAUCAACUUCAGCCAAUACAUCAGCGGUAGGACCGAGAUCACCAUCUAUCCUGAUUCGGCGGACCUCAAAGAGAUAAGCCUGCAUGGCCGACAAUGCACUAUCAAAAAGGUCCUGGUCAACGGCAUUCCGCCAUCGUCGGUACGGCAUGAAGAUCCCUGCGACCAGCUUACGCUGCAUUCCCAUGGCUCGGUCUAUCAGCACCACUUCCUGGCGGAGAAGGUGGCGAGAUCGAUUGGGCCUGAGCGGUUGCCGGAUAUCGUUAUUAGCCUCCCCAACAGAUUGAAGAUUGUGCCGGUCGCGGUGGCGGAAGUGCACACUCAAGCUGCUGGUUCCAUCAAAAUCACGGAUCCGCAGGCCCAAGGUCCUUCCGCUGCCGAGAUCACACAGGCGCUGUCAGAUACCACUGCUGCGAAAUUUACCCCUCUGACUCUAGUCAUCGAAUUCGAGUCUUGUCAUGUACGAGAGACUCUGCACUUUGUCUCCGGCAGGGGUGGAGGCGGUCGAUGGCCUCACGCAUAUACUCGGACCAAGUCGGGCCCUGGCGGUGCCUCGCCAUUGUUUCCCUGUGUGGACGAAAUCAACAGUCGAUGCACCUGGGACAUUUCUAUCAAAUGCCCGAGGACCGUUGGCGAUGCUAUUGACCAAGCAACGACUGCAGACGGCGUGCGGCGCGAUCGAGGUGCGGCUGCCAAGGACUCUUCUCGCCAGAGCUUUGAAGCCAAAGAGAUGAUCGUGGUCUGCACGGGUGAGAUCACCGACGAGAUACCGGACAAGCACGAUCCUACGGUGAAGACCAUAUCGUUCUCCUGCUCGCAACAACUGGCACCGCAGCAGAUCGGAUUUGCCAUCGGACCUUUUGAGCAGGUAGAUUUGAGCGAGCUCCGAGACGCACAAGAGGUUGCGGACAUCGGUCGCAAUGCCGUUGAGAUGCUGGCAUACUGCUUGCCUGGACGAUCGGAGGACACCAAAAACACCUGCUUGCCCACGACCAAGGCCAUGGAUUAUGUUGUCCAGAAGUACAUAUCCUGUCCGGUGAGGUCAUAUGCCAUGUGUUUUGUCGAGGACGCUCCGUCGGACUUGUGCAUUUUUGCCGGUGUAACAGUCUGCAGCACUCGAAUUCUUUACCCGGAACAAGUUAUCGACCCUGCGCAGGAAGUUACGAGGAAGCUGGUGCACGCCAUUGUCUCGCAGUGGAUCGGCGUCAAUAUUGUAGCCGAAACCCCUCGAGACAAUUGGGUUAUUGUAGGGAGUGCCUACUUUAUCACCAAUCUUUUCAUGAGAGAGCUCUGUGGGAACAACGAAUACCGUGCUUACAUCAAGCAACAAGCAGACCGCAUCGUGGAACUCGACUACGACCGACCUUCAAUCUACGAACUGGGCGCCGUCACCUACGUCGACCCGGCAGAGGCUGAGUUCCUGGCCACCAAAGCCCCAGUCGUCCUGUUCAUUUUGGAUCGCCGUAUCGCGAAAAGAGAAGGCACCUCCAAGAUGCCCGGUAUCCUGGCAAAGCUGCUUACCAAGGCACGGACGGGAGACCUAGAAAACAACGCGCUCUCGACGGAAUUAUUCCAAAAAACCACUGAACGGAUGGGCCACGACAAGAUUGAUGAUUUCCUGGCUCAAUGGGUGAAAGGAUCAGGGUGCCCUCGGUUUUUCGCCCAACAGAGAUUCAACAAGAAAAAGCUGGUCGUGGAGAUGAGCAUCCGACAAGAACAGGUUUCGCGCGAAACUGUGCGGGACUUGGAUCCCGACUACUUCAUGCGAGACGCUCGAGACGACUUCUAUGGAGUGUGGCCCGCAACCGCCCAACAAGUAUUUACCGGGCCGAUGACGAUCCGAAUCCAUGAAGCGGAUGGCACUCCUUACGAACACAUUGUGCAAAUCAAGGAUGCGAACACUGUCAUGGAAGUGCCCUACAACACCAAAUAUAAGCGGCUCAAAAGAAGCAAAAAGGCGAGGGCUCGAGCUACCGCGAAAGCCACCGCGGAGCAGGGAGAGGAAGAAAACGACUCUCUCGUCUAUUGCCUCGGCGACGUACUGCAGACGGAAGAGGAAAUGGCCAACUGGCGGAUAAAAGAAUGGACUUCUGAUCAGGAAGACAAGAUGAACGCCGAGUCCUACGAGUGGAUUCGACUGGACGCCGACUUUGAGUGGAUUUGCACCAUGAGCCUUGCCAUGCCAGGAUACAUGUUCGCGUCCCAGCUACAGCAAGACCGAGAUGUUGUGGCACAGCUCGAGUCGAUCCGCACGAUUUCAAGAUAUCCACCUGAUGCGACUACCUCGUCCAUUUUUGUCCGCACGCUGAUGGACCGUCGAUAUUUUCAUGGUGUUCGGGCCCUCGCCGCAAAGUCGCUAGUUAGGCACGCUGCAGAAGAAGUCGAUAAUAUCGGCUUGUUUCAUUUGAUGAAGGCCUAUGAAGCACUGUAUUGCGAUGCAGACCAAAGCUCAGCCUUGACAAGACCGAACGACUUCUCAGACCAACUCUCAUACAGGCUGCAGUGUGAGGUGGUGGAAACCAUCGCGAUGGUCCGCAAUAGCCAGGGCCAUGCCCCCAAAAAAGUAAGAGAUUUCUUGCUGGACAAGUUGAAGUACAACGAUAACUCGGUGAAUGACUAUUCGGACGCGUUCUAUGUCGCCCGGUUGAUGAAGGCGUUGGGGCGUGCCGCCAUCGCUCGUCCCCGCUACAGCGAGUGGGAUAUUGCCGAAAACUUUGAGAUCGAAGACGAAAUUCAUGAUCUAAAGGAGUUUGAGCGUCAGUUUCUGGACGAGAUCGACCGAUACCGCCGCAUGGACGAGUGGACGAGUUCAUACCAGAACCUAUACUGCCGGACCGCCUUGGAAUGCCAGGCCAUGCUUGCCUCGGCGGGGAUCGGCAAAUUCUCCCCCUUGCAUUUCCUGCAAUAUACGAGGCCCGGCAACUAUGACAUGCUGCGGCAGACAGCCUAUGAAGUCUUGGUCACACCCAAGGUGUUCGACAACCCGUCCAUCUUGCGGUACGUGUUGUAUUGCAUGGUGGCUGAUCCUUCACCUUUCAUCCGGCAGAGUCUCCAGCGCGCGUUUGGCAAGGUUCUGGGGAGGCGAGCAAUUGGCGAAAGAACCGAGACGGCACAACCUGUGGCCGAUUCUCUGAUUGUCGAAGGCGCCGCCGCCGACACCGACGAGCCCUCCAAGCGGCAAGAGGAGCUUGCCAGACGACAGACAUUGAGCGGCGCGGUGAAAGCACUGAGGGAGGAUCUGGGCAAGAAUGACGCUCUGAAAUCAGCGUUGUGGAACGCCAUCUGUUACGACCAGAUCACACUCGAGGACAUGCAGACUUUACUUGACUUCUGCCGCUUGUUGUACGAGCCGGUCAACGAGGUCAAGGUCACCCUAUAUUUACCCCGGUACUGGAAGGUUCAAAAUCUAGGAAAGGGCAAAAUCAAGUUCUCCCGGACGAGCAAAGUCCGCAAAAAGCCCAUGCAAAAAUGGCAGCCUGCACCACCUCCCACUGCGAGCUUUGGCCCUCGUCCUGAAAUUCCACAAUCGCGACCGAGUAUCGGGGGAGGAAGCGGUCUGAAGCUGAAGUUCAAGGUUGGGGGCAGUAUUAACGACAAUCAAUCUGCAGGCCCAAAUCGGCAACCUUCGAUCUCGUUGCCCAAACCGACUCCGACCCCGACCCCGACACCGCCCCCAAUUGCCCAUCACACCAAGCCAGCGCAACAAAAACCUGCUCCGAAGCCGCUAACACCUAUUGGAGGAACAGGUCGUAUUACCCUGAAGAUUGGCAAAAGACCGGCUGAAAAUGGAAGCUCGUCCCAAUCAUAA